AUGGCUCUCCGAUUUCUACAGGCGAAUAUCAACCACUGCGCCAGAGCUCAGGACCUCCUGUUCCAGAGUUUGGCGGAGAGGUUGAUCAACGUUGCGGUUGUGGCUGAGCCAUACUAUGUCCCCUCGGGCAAUGAAUGGGUGGGGGAUCGCGAUGGCCUGGUGGCCAUCGUGUCCCGUUCCGCGGUCGGUUCCCCGGCCUUCGGACAGGCCGUCAAGGGCCGUGGGUUCGUUGCGGCCUUUAUAAGGGACGUUUUAGUGGUCGGAGCGUACUUCUCGCCGAACAGAGCUCUGGUCGAGUUCGAACAGUUCCUGGUCGAGAUCGGGGCUCUUAUCGGCCGAAGUCGUCCUUGCCGGGUACUCGUCGUCGGAGAUCUCAACGCAAAGUCUACUGCAUGGGGAUCCCCGGCGACCGAUGCUCGUGGUGAGGCACUCGAGGAGUGGGCGGUUUUGACGGGCCUAGAGGUGUUGAACCGGGGGUCCGUUCACACUUGCGUGCGGCAACAGGGUGGGUCUAUUGUGGACGUGACGUUCGCAGAUUCCAUCCUGGCGCGCCGUGUGUCGGGCUGGGAGGUUCUGCAGGAUGAGGAGACGCUCUCGGAUCACCGCUACAUUCGCUUUGAGGUCUCCUCUAUCCCGGCGGCUAUCCGAAGAGUGAGCCGACCCCUACCCGGGGACAGCCCGCGUUGGGCCGUCAAACGGCUGGACCGCGAGGUCCUGAUUGAGGCAGCACUGGUGCAGGCGUGGUUGCCGGCACUCGAGAACCCGGUGGAGGAGGAAGCCGAGUACUUCGGCCAGGCCAUGUCGCAA